GGUCAACUUUAUUCACAAAAUCUGUCGGAGGGGAGGUCCUUCGGUUCCCGAAUCCUCCCCCUUGUGAAGAAGCCUGCAACUGCAAGCCAGCAGGGCGGCGGUGGUGCUGCUGCAGCCUCUUCCGUCGGUGUCACCAUAGAGAUCUCGAAAGAAUAAGGAGAAGAAGAAACGAAGAUAAGGUGGAAUGGGGCAGGCCCUGCGGCGUGCUACCGGAAGGGUGCGGCCCAGCCGGAUCGACCCGCCGCCGCCGCCUCCGGCGCAGAGACCUGCGCGUCCCUCCGCCACUGCUGACCCGCCUCCUCCUGCUGCCUCGUCCACAGAUGCCCCAGAUCAGCUUGGAGUUCCUGAUGCAGAGAUCACUGCCACGAGGGAACAUGAGAGUAGUGUCCUUGAAGACAGGGAUCCAAAAUAUGAUGAUAUGCUUAAACAAAUGGUGGGAAGGAUAAGGUCUAGGCCAGGAGGGAAAGCAGUAAUGGGUGAGGCUAUCGUACGUGAAAGAUAUACUAGAUCAUUGCCAAAGCUUCGGAGUUCAAGAGCAGAGCCUGGAGCAAGUGAACAGAAUACAUUACCUCCUGGGACACUUUCCAUCGAGCAUGUUCGUCAAAUAAUCCUUUUGCAUCAGGGUAAAGCCGAGGACCACCCAGGUAAAAUGGAUGUCCAAGACAUCGCCAAACGAUAUGGAGUUGAUGUUGAGCAUGUUCAGCAAAUUAUACAAUUUAUGUCACUGCCUCCAGAAGAUGGAAAGAAAAACAAUAGCAAUAGAUAGCGGCUAGAACUGCUAACUUUUGUUUGAAUCUCUUCGCAUGCUUGACAUAAGACUCAAUAAAUUCAACCCAGAUCUUCACGAACAAGUUAUAUUUCAGCUGCAAUGAUCUUGAAGAACAAUGCCUCAGUAUCUCGGCAUGACCUAUCAUAUUUUCUGCUAGUUUUUUUCAUGCCAGUUGAAGCUGAGGAUCCAGAUAGUAUUUACAGCGAGUGGAUGAGCCUUCUGCAAUAAGAUAUCGAUCGAAUGUAUACUUUUGUCCUUGAAAAUCAGAUUGCGACCUUGUUCUGGUUUUACAGGCUAAUACUAAUUUUGCAUUCGAUAAUAUUAUCGAUUAAGUAUGUUAAACAGCAAAAGAAUUAGUUGUUCAAGUUAGGACUUGAAUGUGAAUCAGAAUUGCCAAAGAUCAGCAUUUGAGCUAUGAUUAAACUUUCAAUUGAGAGCAAUGACAAGUAUUUUCAACUU